GGGGGAGGGGGUGGGACUCACCGGGUCUGGUCCAGUUAAAAGGGUCAGGAGCCGGGCCUGAGGCCCCUGUCUCGGGUGGAGUCUUCAGACAACUGGUUCAGAAGGUCAUCGGAAUCUUCUCUUGACUUCAGUCAUGGCCUGUGGUCUGGUCGCCAGCAACCUGAAUCUCAAACCUGGGGAGUGUCUCCGAGUUCGGGGCGAGGUGGCCCCCGACGCCAAGAGCUUUGUGCUGAACCUGGGGAAGGACAGCAACAACCUGUGCCUACACUUCAACCCCCGCUUCGAUGCCCAUGGGGACUCCAACACCAUUGUGUGCAACAGCAAGGAUGGUGGAGCCUGGGGGACCGAACACCGGGAGCCUGCCUUCCCUUUCCAGCCUGGAAGCAUCGUGGAGGUGUGCGUCACCUUUGACCAGGCUGACCUGACCAUCAAGCUGCCAGAUGGCCAUGAGUUUAAGUUCCCUAACCGUCUCAACAUGGAGGCCAUCAACUAUCUGGCGGCAGAUGGCGACUUCAAGAUCAAAUGUGUGGCCUUUGAGUAAAGCCAGCCAGCCCAUACCCCUCAAUAAAGGCAGCUGCCUCUGCUCCCCAUAUCCCAGCCCUUCCUGUGAGAGUGUUUGCG